AUGGCACCUACUUCUUACAUUGCACCGCUUGGCGACUCAACUUCUGUGUUCAAGGAAGAUAUCUUCAAAGGAAAGGUCUUGUUUUGUACCGGAGGAGGUUCGGGAAUAUGCAGAGGAAUGACAGAAGCUGUGAUGCGCCAUGGAGCCGAUGCAGUUAUAGUUGGACGAAAACUUGAUCGUCUUACCCAAGCAGCGAAGGAGCUAUCUGAAGCGACUGGAAGAACAUGUAUUCCCGCACAAGCGGACGUAAGACAACCUAAUAUGCUGAAAGACGCAGUCAAAAAGACGAUCGAAAAGUUCGGAAAGAUAGACUUCGUAAUUUGUGGUGCCGCUGGUAACUUCUUGGCACCAAUAUCUGGUCUCUCGGAGAAUGCUUUCAAGACCGUUAUGGAGAUCGAUACCCUCGGAACUUAUAACACGAUCAAGGCCACCAUCGCACAUAUUCGUCAGUCGAAGGGUUCUUAUAUCCAUGUUAGUGCCACUCUACACUAUAAAGCAACGCCAUAUCAAGUUCACGUCUCCUCUGCCAAAGCUGCAGUCGAUGCCCUUUCUGCUGUUCUCGCUGUCGAAGAAGGUCCGCAUGGCGUGCGCUCGAAUGUGAUUGCACCUGGUCCUAUAGGCAAUACCGAAGGCAUGCAACGUUUAUCCAAUCUCGCAGAUGGAAUCGGUUCCCUAUUUCCUCUUGGUCGCGUCGGUGAGAUCAAAGAUGUUGCCAACGCCACCGUAUUUUUGUUUAGUGAAGCUGCAUCGUAUAUUACGGGCCAGAUAGUUGUUGUUGAUGGUGCAAUGGAGCAUAUGAGGCAGUUCCAAUUUCCCUACCCUCAGGCUGUUUUGGACCCAGGAAGUGUUCGAGAUAUGAUACAAGGAAAGCUCUAA